GUCUCUCGGGCCCGAGCUUCUGAGUUUCUGCUUGUCAAGUUCCAUCUGUCGUCGUGCUCAUACACCUCGAAGGCUCGGCUGAUCAGCAUCGUCGGAUAUCGUCAAGCUUUCCCUCCAAUCCAAUCCAACCCAAUCCAAUCCGAUUCGCUCAGCAACCAUGGGAGUCGUCGGUCUAUCGUCGCUUGUCAACAACACAGUCACAGGCACACCCGUCAUCUGGGACAAGUCCGCUCGAGGGCAAAGCCCUGCUCUUACAACCAAAGCCGCCGAGAGUGACUGUGCUCAGCCUGCUGGAAGAGCAAGCCGUCAAGGCGCCGAUGCUCGUGCUUCAGCCAAGAGCUGCAGUGAGCGCCUCGAUCCCAUGCUCUCGCACUGGAUCGUCGAUGGCAACUCGUUUCUGCAUUACAUCUGCGCCAGCCUCAACUGGAUUCAAGGAGCAAACUACCAUGGGCUCGAGGAGCAGAUCCAAGUGUUCGCGGCCACUAUCCAAGAGUUUGGAAUCCUCCCACUCUUUGUCUUUGACGGUCCGCUGCCGGCCUGGAAGGCCCUCGAGAGAGACAGCCGCGACGGCCAGAAGCUCCAGCGCAUCCUGGCGGCCUUGAACACACUCUCGGGUGUCGGUCGCAUCGACUAUACCAAGCUCGUCACAGCAGCAUCAAACCACAUCGCCAACGUCCUGCCGCCGAUGGCACUGCAGUGCUGCGUCUGCGCACUCAAGUCUGCAAACAUCGAUGUGUUCUUUGCCGAGGGCGAAGCCGAUCCUGCCAUCGCGGCGCUGGCAAGACAGCGGAAUGCAGUCGUGGUCAGUCGGGAUUCUGACUAUUACAUUUACGAAGGCUUGAAGGCAUACAUCCCGUUGUCGACUUUGCAGAUGCCUCCUCCGACCCAGGGUGCCGAUCGGUCCAUCCGAGCCACCUACUUCCAGACCACUCAGGUCGCAGCAGCCCUGGCCAUUCCAACACCACUUCUGCCGCUCUUUGCAGCCCUGGUGGGUUGCGACUACAUCGAUGCCGAGGAAUACGAGCUUGUGGGUAAAAUCACCGCCCAGCUUGGCUCCAAGUCGCCUGCGGUUCGCAUCAAAAUCGCCCAAAAGCUUCUCGGGGCAUAUGGACCAGGACAGGAAGUCAACGACGCCAUCGAUCAACUCGUUGCGUCGUCUGACUCGCUGAGUGACUCUGAAAAGUCGCAGCUCCGGGACAUUUUGUUGUUUGCCGUUAAUACGUACCGAGGCAUCGAUGGCGCUUCUCCGGAUGUGUCCGGGGUCGGUGCUCAAGCAUCUGCCAGCAAGGUCACCACCGGCUUGCCGUCGUGGGAGAUAGCCAGUGCUCGAAUGAAAUCUGGAGACUUUAGCCACAAACUCUUCGAAGUUGUGAUGCAGCGGGCCUUUUGGUGCACCCCUGUGCUCGAGGAUCUCAACCGCGCGUCUGUCUGGGAGCUUGGGCGGCCAAUCCGCCAAGCGAUCUAUUCACUGCUGGCACUGACAGCAGCCAAGGUCCGUGCGGAUGAACAGUGUGCCCUCGAUUCGCAAUCGCCGCCGUGUGCCGAUCUGUGUCUUUCCGAGUACAUCGGACGCAAGAUCGUUGUGGCCGAGAAGAUUCGACGAAAUCGUCAGAUCGUCACCGAGAACGUGCCCCCGCUUCAAGUCGACGAACUCACCACGAUGCUAGAGGAUGUCCGCAUUUCUCUACCGACACUCAACCCCGGGGCCGGGGCCGUCCCACCAGCCAUUCGGACAGGGCAGUGGAUCAUGGACCAGAGCCGUCCCAAGCGCCGGGCCCUCUACGAACAGAUCGUGGGCAACAGUCGCCGGGCGCUUCUGAACAGCAGUCUCGCGGCCAAAUUCGUUCCUGCCGUCUGCGCCAUCAGGCUCCUGAUCGUCGAAAACCAUGCCCGCGGGCAGCCGCUGCUCAACACCGAGGUUGUCAGCUUGGCUGUCUCGGCGCUGAUCGCAGCCAGCGGCGUUGGCAUUGCUCCCUUGCAGCAGCCCAACGAAUCGACCAUCUCGCGGGGAUCUAUCCACCUUGGCGCCCAGCUCGAAAUCGCCCUCUUCAACGCCAUGCUGCUGGCCCAAGCCCUGUUCCUGGAUGACGAUUCGUUCCUGUCGAGCCACUGGAGGUCGUUGAACGGACCACUGCUGUUUGCCUGUCUGCAGUCUGCGCGACGGGGCUGCGAUCUGAGCAAGCUGCUCUGCCAACACACGACUCUACAGCCCGCCGGCGCAGAGCUCGAAGGCCUCAUGAAGCAGCUGCGGCAGCUCUACCUGCUCGUGCGGUCGGGAAUCGAGGAGCGCAUCGAUGUUGUCAUCGAGUUUGAUGGUCUCGAUGCUGAUCCGACUCCGAGCAAGUCGCCUCGAAGCAGCCGGCCCCAGAGCUCGGCGACCAGCAAGUCCAAGCGAGCCAAGACCUCCGCAAGCCGGGCACAGAGGCCGCAAGCUGCCGAGCAACAGCAACAGCAACAACAGCAACAGCAAUCGCAGCAAGCGGCCGACAGCAAUAUAUUUUCGCUGCUGUCGUCCGGAUGCUCAUUCUAAGGGCUGCUCCCACGAGCAAGGCUCGCCAGCAGAGGCAGAGGCAGGAUGCUCAAGACAGAAACGACCGGCACCGUCACCCGGCGCAAAAGUGUGCAAGCAAAGCACUGCAAUACACUGACUUCUUGGAUUAUCGCCUUGGAUGCUCUGCCGUUCGCCCCACGAUACUGGUGCUCUCGGCUGUGGUGACCGCGACAUCAACGAUCGCUGCUUCACCAUCAAGAUGCAAUCACGCAUGGUCUCGAAACUGCCCCCCCCCCAAACUGGCAGAGGGCGGGAAUGCGGGAUGCGGACAGUUCAAAUCGCAAGCCCAUCCGCGUCCGGCGCGACCAAACCCCCAGCUUAACAGGAGCCAAAAGGCGGCAGAGUUCGUCUUAAUCUG